AUGGUGUCCACAAAUUUAUAUCUAUGCGCUCUGUUCAUCAUAAGCACAGUUGCACAUGGCUCUCUAGCUUGUAAUUCCAUUAAGGUGAACAGCAUUGAGAACUGUGCCGGUCCGGAUGGAAUUAUUACGCUGACGGAUGAUGCUGCCCUAACCAUGCAGGAUGAUUGUUCCCUCAUGAUGCAAGGAUGCGUGAAGGUGAAAGACUUCAACACAGCAUCCGGCACCAUCCGUGUGUCGAAGAAUGGGAAUGAAUUGUUCAAGAAACCGAUUGACCUCUGCAAAACGGGAUCUAAGAUACCAUUCAUUGGAGAUUUCUUUCCCGGUGGCGUAUGUCCUCAGAGUGAGAAUGAGCUCUGCGCCGACCCGAACAAAAAGAUUUCUAUGAACCGUUUCAAGAAGAUGAUGGGCAUUAUGAAAGGGUCCGUGGCGGUUGAAGUAAAUCUCGAUCAUGAUACGGGUAAAAGCUGUAUCAAAAUUGAAAUGGAUGUUUCGAAAUAA